CUGCAUCCUCUCGUGAUGGCCCCGGGACACUGAUCUGCUUCUGCCUGGGUGAAGAGCUGGGUGCCUGAAGUGGGACGGGCAAAGAGGGGAAGCUCUGGCCCCGUCCCGUCCUCCACUUUUAAUGAGCUCUCCGAUCAUGCAGGAGUAAAAGUCCAGGUGGAACAGUUCAGCGCUCGCUCACACGCCUGCUGGUCCUAAUUUGCUUUUUCAAUGAACGCGUAAAAGGAAAAGUGCGCAGGGAAUUACUUUACGCCUUCAGGACUAUUUUAUCUUCCCAGCUUCUCCUCUCUCUCCAAGGUUGGGAGGUUAGAAGAGGACAUCUGGUAGACCUGCUGAACCGGCACACCACCCAUCAUGAUCAGAGCAUCCCUCACUGCCAUCUGCCUGGCGCUCCUGCUGUCCUGUGCUUGCUGGGCCAAGCCUAACGGAUCAAAGAACAAGAAGCCAAAGCAAGUUGUUCCAGACAUAGAGUGCGAUGUCAGAGCGGGAAAGAUCAAUCUCCCAGAGUUCAUAGCCAAAUGUCCUGCUCACUGUAAGGAGACAAAGCAGCAAGUCUAUGGGACCGGCGUGUUCGCCUCCAUCUCCAGCAUCUGCAAUGCAGCCAUCCACAGUGGCGUCAUCACUAACACAGGAGGGAAGGUGAUAGUGAGGAAGAUGGCCGGGCAGAACCUCUACAAAGGCAGCAACUCCAAUGGGGUUCGCUCUCUGUCUCUACCUAAGUGGAGGGAGUCGUUCGUGGUCUCAGUGGGGAAGCCCAAGAAAGGAGUGAUCUACCCAUCUACUCUGGACUACGUGCCCUCAAGACCGACCUACGUGAAAACAAGUCAAAAGGAGGCCAAAUCGCCUGCGGUCACCACAGUGCUUCCUACAACAACAACACCUGAACCCACCACAACUACAACACCUGAACCCACCACCACCACUCUGGCUCCCACCACCACCACAACUGUGCCUCCACCACCACCCACUACUUCCAAGCCUCGGGCUGCUGUCCAUAAAGUCAGGGAUGCAGGCAGCAGUCACCCAUACCUUGCCUCUGUGGCAACCGCAGGUUCAAGACAGUCACAGAAUGCUCAAGGAAAGAUUCCCAGCCAAGUAUUCAGAGGAGCUGCCUAUCCCAAUAGAUUCCCACAACGUACCAGUGCAGGUCUGCGCAGACCAGACGCAGGUUCAGCUAUCAGGAGACAACCCUCCUCUCCAGUUGGCCCAGCUUUUAACAGGGUUCAGCCGGCUCCACCCGAGCGGACUCCAACCAUGAGCCAGUCAAACCCCGCUUUUCCCAAAAGGGAUUGGGCACCUCCCUCCUUUCCUCGUCCUGAUUGGUUCCCUGCAGCUCGACGACCAGCAGAUGUUAGUUAUGCAGCUCCAGACUCAGGAUACACAUGGAGUGAGACGGAUACACCUGAGAUUACAGCUCGGGAUCACAGGCCUGAUUUCUCAGAAUAUGAACGCUGGUUUUAUAACUUUGGACCGUACCUGCCUCGCACCCCAGAAUCAGAUGGCAACCGUAGAGUGCCAUUGGAUACAACCCAUACUAGAGUGGAGCCAGUGGAUGCCUGGAAGCCUGAUGCUAAUCCUUAUGAAUCAGGCUUUACCGUGAGGGAACAGGAACCUGUACCUAGAGCACCUGAGCCUGUGCCUGUGUCACAAGGAGAUCCAGAUUGUAAAGUGGACCUGGUCUUCCUGAUGGAUGGAAGCUGGAGUAUUGGGAAGAGGCGCUUUAAGAUCCAGAAGGACUUCCUGUCUGAGGUGGCUCAGACCAUCAACGUGGGUGUGGCCGGACCCAUGAUGGGCCUCAUCCAAUACGGGGAUGACCCUGUGACAGAGAUCAGUCUGAAGUCUUACUCCAACUCCAGAGAGGUGAAGUCUGCCAUAGCAAAGAUUGGGCAGAAGGGAGGCCUCUCCAAUGUAGGAAAGGCCCUCUCCUACAUCAACAAGCACUUCUUCAGUGAUGCCAACGGAAACCGUGGAGGGGCUCCUAAUGUGGCUGUGGUGCUGGUGGAUGGCUGGCCCACAGACAAGGUGGAGGAGGCGUCUCGGCUCGCUCGGGAGUCUGGCAUCAACAUAUUUUUUGUCACCAUCGAGGGGGCGGAUGAUAAUGAGAAACAAAACCUGGUUGAGACCAACUUUGUUGACAAGGCUGUGUGUCGGACAAACGGCUUCUACUCCCUGCCUGUGUCCAGCUGGUUUGCUCUGAGGAAGGCCGUGCAGCCCCUGGUGAAGAGAGUGUGUGACACCGACCGCCUACUGUGCAGUAAAACUUGCCUCAAUGCCAAUGAUAUUGCCUUUGUGAUCGACGGCUCCAGCAGCGUGGGAACCGGCAACUUCCGCACAGUGCUUCAGUUUGUGGCCAACAUCACACGGGAGUUUGAGAUCUCUGACACCGACACGCGGGUCGGGGCUGUGCAGUACACGUACGAGCAGAGGCUGGAGUUUGGUUUCGGCCAGUACAACAACAAGGUCGAGCUACUGAACGCCAUCAAACGCGUCGACUACUGGAGCGGCGGGACCAGCACCGGCGCUGCCAUCACCUUCGCCGCAGAUCAGCUUUUCAGCAAAUCCAAACCCAACAAACGCAAGAUCAUGAUUGUCAUUACAGAUGGGCGCUCCUACGAUGAUGUCAGGGCGCCUUCACUGGCUGUCCAUAGCCAAGGUGUGAUUGCAUACUCCAUCGGCAUCGCCUGGGCAGCCCACGAUGAGCUGGAGUACAUCGCCACAGACCCCGACAAGGAGCACUCCUUCUUCGUGGACGAGUUCGACAACCUCUACAAAUUUGUUCCCAAGAUCAUCAACAACAUCUGCCAGGAGUUCAACUCCCAGCCUAGAAACUGAGGAUGCACGGGUGGAGGGGAGGAGGAGUACAGACGGACAUCUUGAUCCUGGGCCGUCUUAACGGAACACUGAUAGUAAAUGUACUCACUCUGGUGCCCAGAUGGCGGUGCUGGAUUGGCUGCAGCGCCCCCAUAUUUAAACAGGGAGGUGAUUCGAAAUUUAGGUGAGGAUUGUGGACAAAAAACAAAUCUCAAAGUGAAAUACUAUUCGGUCCCAAAUAUACAGAUGGUGCUAAUGGUAAAGGGUUUACAUUAACAGUGACAUCUCAUGCACACUGUGGUACCAUUUGUUCUCUGUUGGUGUUGUAAAGAGACCAGAGUAUUCCUAUUCAUUUUAUCCACAAACUUAAAGAGUCAUCCUUUAUAAAUGGUUUAUAAGUUGUAACUAGGGGUUUACCAAGAAUGGCACUUGAAGAUCGCCGACAAGGCCAUUCUAACAAGUUUCAUAAAUAUAGGGCAAGUCGUUUUUCCGUAAUCCUACUAACUGUGUUGCUAAGAUAAACUAAGCAACACACAAACAACCAAAACCUGACAGAGGUAGUAAAUCAUUGAAUUAGAAGGCACUAAUCAGAAACAAUUUAGGGUUGUGACAUUUCCCCUUACAGGCACUGGUGUUUAUCCUCCUCUGGCACGAUUAUGUAUUUAUAGUUCUUGUGUACACCUCUCUAAUGCAUAGUUACACCUCAGACAUACGGUGGCCGACAGGUCCCAACGGCCCAAAACAUUUCCAUUAGAAGAAACACGCUGCAGUUUCAAAAACGAUGCACUGUUACUGGAAACGUACUAAAAUGCAUGUUUUAUUGUCUUAUCUUAACAAUGUAAUUGCAUGAUUCCUUCCGAUACUAUUGCAGAUCAGUUGCUAGCUAGCUAACUUAGCUAACCUAGUCAUUUCAAUAAUAAUGGCAAAACACUUACAAUUAUGAAACAGACUAACUUUGCCAACAGUGACAGUGGGCCAACUUUAUAAUCCCCGAACAUCAACAAGCGUCACACGCUGUAUGCUUCACUUUUUAGUGUCCCUGUUUCCGUUGUGUUUUGCUUCGUUUUUCAUUUGCAACGUUUUGUUAAAGGUCACCUAGUAUGCAAAAUCCACUUUUUCAUGUCUUUUAUACAUAAACAUGUGUCUCCUCUGUGGAAA